AUGGCGUUGUUGGCGGCAAGUGGCGGCGACACCGUCAAGCUAUUCGACGCCUCCGUCAAGCCCGGCGAUCCUUGUACCCUCAGCUUCACCCCUUCUCCUGGUUCCCAAGUCAAUUCAGUCAAAUGGAACCAUACAAAUUUGGUUGUGGCGAGUGCUGGAGAUGAUAAGAAGAUCUCCUUGUGGCGUAAGAAUGGGCACAGCAUGGGGACCAUUCCCGUCGCCGGUACUGAUAGUGGAGACAACAUUGAGGAGUCUAUAUUGGCUAUCAGCUUCAGCAACAAGGCAUCCAGAUAUGUAUGUUCUGGAGGAAGUGGUCAAGUUGUUAGGAUAUGGGAUUUGCAAAGGAAACGCUGUAUUAAAUGGCUCAGAGGUCAUACUAAUACUGUCACCGGUGUAAUGUACAACUGUAAAGAUGAACAUUUGGCUUCUAUCAGCCUUAGUGGGGACCUUAUACUUCAUAACCUUGCUUCUGGGCAAAGGGCUGCUGAACUCAAAGAUCCCAAUCAACAGAUGUUGAGAGUUCUUGAUUAUUCUCGGGUUAGUCGUCACCUUCUUGUGACUGCUGGUGAUGAUGGGACAGUACAUUUGUGGGAUACAACUGGUCGUAGCCCUAAGGUUUCAUGGAUGAAGCAGCAUUCUGCACCAACUGCUGGUAUUAGCUUCUCUCCAUCCAAUGACAAGAUCAUUGCUAGUGUGGGCCUUGAUAAAAAAUUAUACACUUAUGACUCUGGAUCUAGAAGAUCAUCAUCUUGCAUUUCUUAUGAAGCACCUUUCUCUUCGUUGGCCUUUAGAGAUGAUGGUUGGAUGCUGGCUGCUGGAACUAGCAAUGGUCGUGUAGCAUUCUAUGAUGUUCGUGGAAAACCACAACCUUUUGUUGUUCUCCAUGCUUAUGGUAGUUCAGAGGCUGUUACAAGCUUGUGCUGGCAAAGGUCAAAACCAGUUAUUGUUGAUGAAAGAAAUUGCACUGCUGAAACUGCUCUUGUGGGAGAUGCAAUUGAAGAUUCAAUCCUUAUGCCUGAUCCUUUACCUUCUGCUAUUUCAUCAACCGUUUCCCUAUCUACCUCAUUGUCCAGUACUAGGAACUCUGGUCGUCUGAGUGCCUCAAUUGAUGCGUCUUCACUUACAGCAUCCAGCAGUGGAUUUACAUCAAGCAUACUAAAUACAUCUACCGCAGAGGAAACACCACACCGAAGCCAUUUAUGGCCAGGUGGAACCCUGUCAAGGUUGCAUGCUCCACGUGGUAGUAGUUAUAACUUCAAGGAUGACAUGGAGGUAUUCUCCCCUCUGGUGGAUGUUCAACCAAUAACACCCUCACUAUGGGAUGCAAAUGGAUCAAAGAAGGAUAGUUUAUUUGCAGAUAGAAAACCUUUGUUGUUUCCAUCAUCCAGUCGAAGAUUUCCAAAUUCAGAGGAAGGAAGCAGUGAUCAUCCAAUAUCUGAUUGGAAAUCUGGCUCGACUACCAAACAGGAUAUUACUCAGUCUUCCUUUCCACUUGUGGGCUCAACUCCUCCUCCGUCUUCAAAGAAUGAAGAUUCUUCCAUCACUCCUCCAGAAGCUUGGGGUGGUGAGAGGUUAACUGAUAAAUAUACUUACUCACGUCAGCCUGUCAAUGUACCAUCUCGUUUUGGGAUGUUGGGUUCUGGUGGUCAGACAGCAGGAUCAAUGUUUUCUGGAUUGCAGGAUACAUCCUUAUCAAUGGGUAUCAGUUCCUAUACGAGUUCAAGCCUAAGUUAUGCCAAUUUACAUGCCAAGGAUGUCUCUACAAGCCAGGAGUCUUCAUUGGGGUUUACUGAUCACUUGUUUUCUACUUCUUUGCCUUUGUCCAUCAGUACUAAAACCAGCCUUGGACAGGCAACCAUUGAUUCCCCAAGAAUCCUUGAUUCCCCAAGAAUGUUAUCUUUUCCUCGAAAAUUUUCUACUUAUGCAGAAAGAAUAAGCACUACAUCUACCUUCAGUGAUGGAGUAUCCCUUUCAGUUGGUUCACCUAAGAUUAAGAAAUCAGGAGCAGAAACCAGAGAAGAACUUCUGAAUAGCUUGCUGUUGAAGUCUGAUAUAUCUGCUCCAACAGAAUCAGGCUCUCUACCACUGACAAGUGGAGUAAUCUCACAACAGAAAGCAUCACAGUCAGAUCUGUCAGAUGCACAACAAGGAUCUUCAUUUAUGCUUCAGCUUUUUCAACGGACACUGGAAGAAACUCUAGAUUCCUUUCAGAAAUCCAUACACGAGGAUAUGAGAAACCUUCAUAUUGAAAUUUUAAGACAGUUUCAUCUGCAAGAGGUGUGCAUCUGAAAUAGUGAUGGUGAUUUUCUAUUUUUUAAUUCUUCUCUAAUUAGUUGUCUUAUUCAACAGAUGGAAAUGUCAACCGUGACGAAGUCAAUACUGGAAAACCAAGCUGAGUUGAUGAAAGAAGUUAAGUCUCUUCGUAAAGAAAACCAGCAGCUCAGACAAAUGCUUUGUGAUUGAUGUGAAUAAGGUUGCAACAUUUUUCUUUGACAGAGUGCGUUUGUCCUGUUUUGUGGGAUCUAUUAUUUCGUUUGCAAACUAGCGAUUAACAAUUCUUGUAGAAUCUUGAUUGCGUCUCUCAGCUUUUAGACGGGGUGGUUGAAGGAAAAUAUAAUGGGAGUUGCUUGUUGCUGGAAUAGGGCAUUGAAAAUGUACAGGUGUGAUAAUUUUAUAAUCAUGGAAGCUAUAUGUUGGGUUGACUAUUUGUGGCAGAUUUUAAAUUUGAGCUCUUGGCAUGAGGCUACCCCUUAGACAAACCUACUAGAUUUUUGCUCUAGGUGGCCCUCACCAGUCAUGGUAACUUGCAAUUUGCAAAGUUUACGGAACGCUGGGUGGAAGGUUGAGCUGAACACAAUUUUUACGUCUUGUUUGUCCGAGUAAA